AUGGUUCUUCGAAAACACGAAUUAGAAGCAAAGCUAAAGGAUGAUAUUGAAUUAGUUCGCAGUGGCGUACUGCGCGAUGAGAACCCCCUGGAUCUGAGUGAAGAGUUUAGUGAGCUAUUAGAAGCAUGUCGAAGAGGCGAUCUGAAGCGAACUCAAGAGCUGAUUUCUGCCGGUGUCAAUAUAAACGGUAAAGACAAGUUCGAUUAUACUCCUCUUAUCGUUGCAAGUCUGUGCGGGCAUUAUGAGUUAGUUGAACUGUUGAUCGAGUCAGGUGCUCUAGCAGAGCGAGACACGUUCCAAGGAGAACGAUGCAUCUACAAUGCGCUUAAUGACAAGAUCCGGAAUCUGCUGCUAAAGUACGACUACUCGAAGUCUACUGACCCCUUACAACCAUGGGCGGCUCAUAUCAGCGCAUUGCUGACAAGAGAUACACCCAAAACCUCUGAUAUAACGUUGAUAGCUGGAUCCGAGUCGUUCGAGCUUCACAAGUUCCUUCUUUCUGCUAGGUCGCCCUAUUUCAGAAGGAAACUCACGGAGGCGCCCGCGUUAGAAACAUGGAGGCUACCUCAAUCGAUACCAAUCGAGUCUUUCAAGGUCGUAUUACGAUAUCUGUAUCUAGGUGAUAUUCCAAAGGAGUUGGUUGAUGCAAGAAGCAGUAGCUCCGAAGAAGAGAUCCUAACCGGUAUUGAUAAGAUCAGUAAGCAGUUAGAAAUUGACAAGUUAUGGGAAGCUAUCCUGUCGGCGAGUGAUAGGCGAUUAGCACGACAGAGACAUCAAGAUGAGGUUAAUCGAGCCCAACAACAAGUCCAAACCUUUUUCCAGGAAAAGGUCCUCAGGCAUAAGAUGGUAGUGGACACCAGGUUGGUCAAGGACGUAAAGUGGCCACACGACAAUUCUAUAUUUGCAGACUGUCUCCUACGAUCCGAUGAGGAGGGUGGUGAUGACGAGGACCUCGACAAACAAGAGGAAUCGCACGGAAUUCCCAUUGGACCAGGUGCUGAACAACGAAAAGGAAAUGGCGUUAAGAGAAUCAGGAAGUCUGUUCUGUAUCCUGCGCACAAGGCUAUGCUCAUCCGCUCACCGUAUUUCGAGACCAUGUUUUCGAGCCAAUUUCGCGAAGCCCAAACAUCGGAGCACCUACAUAUUAUCAAGAUAGAUUGUCGACCGGAGAUACUUGAGCUCAUUCUGACAUUUCUCUAUACCGAGAAAGCCGAAUGUCCUCUCGAGCUUGGCCUUGAUCUGCUUUACGCAUCCGAUAUGUUGUUCCUAGAUAAGUUGAAGAACAAAGCGGCCGUCGUUAUCAGCACGCUAGGAAGCGGCAACAACAACGUCCUAGUUGAUCGGACACAUGCCCACGAAGGUGAAGAAACUGUCGAAAUUGAGGUCGAACCUAUCAACGUAUACGACGUUACACAUGCGGCUUGGGACUUGCGAGUUCAGCGACUAGAAGAGUUUGCUGCUCGAUAUCUUGCAUACCGGUUGGAGGACUACAUCGACGAGGAAGAAUUCACCGAAUUGAUCCAGGAAAGUGCCUCGAGGCUGAAGACCAGAGAAGAGACGGAUACGAUCGAGCUGCUGGACGAUAUUCGUUAUUACUUAUCCGAACGCUUUAGGCUACGAUUCGAGGACGCCGGGCUAGACGAAAUGAUGGACGAGAACGGUGAGAUUAGCGCAGAGGCGGCAGAAGUGCUGGCGGCGCAGGCAAACGACAUCGCUGCGGAAGACAAGGGCGCGAACGGCAUCGUCGAAGUAGAGAAUCCUGAAACCAUUUCUGCUAAGGUUGGCAUAGCAGAGGCCUUGGCAAGUCCAGCUGGUGUGGUUAGAACUCUUGAUGGAGAGCUCGUCGAAGACGAGUUCGCGUCGGAUGCUAUAAACUACCAGCUUCUGCUGCAGAAGAUUGAUAGAGUGUUAGAGAAACUAAAACUAGAUGCGUAG